AUGUUCCUGAGCCCGGGUGAGGGGCCUGCGGCGGAGGGGGGGGGGGCCGGCCCAGGCGAGGAGGCCCCCAAGAAGAAGCACCGGAGAAACCGCACGACCUUCACCACGUACCAGCUGCACCAGCUGGAGAGGGCGUUCGAGGCCUCCCACUACCCGGACGUUUACAGCCGCGAGGAGCUGGCGGCCAAGGUGCACCUGCCGGAGGUGCGCGUGCAGGUGUGGUUCCAGAACCGCCGGGCCAAGUGGCGCCGCCAGGAGCGUCUGGAGUCGGGCUCCGGGGCCGUGGCAGCCCCGAGGCUCCCCGAGGCCCCAGCCCUGCCGUUCGCCCGCCCUCCGGCCAUGCCGCUGCCCCUGGAGCCCUGGCUGGGCCCCGGGCCCCCGGCCGUGCCAGGCCUUCCGCGCCUCCUGGGCCCAGGCCCCGGGCUGCAGGCGUCCUUCGGGCCCCACGCCUUUGGCCCAGCCUUCACGGAGGGCUUCGCCCUGGAGGAGGCGUCCCUGCGGCUGCUGGCCAAGGAGCACGCACAGGCUCUGGACAGGGCCUGGCCUCCCGCCUGA